AUGGGGCAAUCCAAGGACAUAAGGCCUGUCGAACCUGGUCGACAAAGCCCCGUUACUGGACGUUUUCCGUCUGAUCCGCGUUAUAAAUCUCCCUCGAAGCGACGGUCGGUCCAAAGGCGCCGGUUGUUGCUCACGGAUUCAGAAUCAGAUACUGAUCUCCCAUAUCGUCAUCAACGGCCCCGAGCAACAGGCACCAUCCAUCACGACACAUCAUACCGUCCAGAGGUUACCGUAGUCGAUGUGCACUCAUCUGACACAAAGCUGGACCGUGAAAUCCGCAGACAGCAAAAAGACAUAGACCGGCUGGAGGAAGACUUGCGUCUUCAUAAACUCAAAUUGGACAUAGAGAGUGAACGAGAGUUCGAAAACAAGAUUUCGGAGCGAUUAAAGAGACUGGAUGAGAUGGAAAGAGAAGAGGAGCGAACAAACCUGAAGAGAGCCGAAAGACGAGCCGAGGAGCAAUCCAAGAGGAAAGAAGAAAUUAAAGCUGCGUUACGCGAAAAGGAAUGGAAAGAGAUGAAGAAGAAGAAAGAAGAGGAGGGACUGCGGGCCCGGAUUAGGAAAGAGCUGCACGACGAAGAGAUUCGACGGAAAUUCGAAGAACGCGAACGUUUCAUUCACGAGAACAAGAUUCGGCGCGCUGCUAUUGAAGACUAUAAGUUGGCGGAAGAGCAGCGCCUUCUUGAGGAGGAGAGGCAGAAGAGGCAGCUGAAAAAGGAGUAUAGAGCAGCCAUUGAAGCGGAGCUCGGGUAUUCCCUCGAGCAGGUGAAAGAUAUUCUCACCAAGGCGACAGGCAAGAAAGCCCAGAGACAGAGUCGGGGGCGUAGCCAAGCAUUUUCUGCAACUGUUCAUGAUGUCUCUAGUGGAGACGAGGCAGAUGUGGAAGCACCUUGA